AUGAACCAAGCUCUGAAUUAUGUCUUUCUGAUAUUUUUCCAUAUGAAUGAUACAGCUGCAAUAAUAUGUAUAACAUCUAAAUUGCUAUUGUUUGAGUUCUGAACCAACUAUCACUAUGAUGUAAGAUUUCAAAACGCUCAAAGUAUGUAAUGUAAGUAUUACACUCGUGAGGAGCAUUAUGUUAUGUGCAAGUGCAACACCUUACAGUACUUAUCAUUUGUUUAUGCUGAGAGCAGCAAAUGUAGACUACUCUACUGUAAAAGCUUUCAAGGUUAUUUAUUUAUAUCAACUUUUUCUUAUUUCUCUCUUAUUUAUAUAUCUCAUCAUAUAUUAUAUUAUUCUUUUUUAUUUCUCUUUCUAUCUCUCAACUUAAAUAAAAUAAAUAGUUAUUCUUUUUUUUUAUUCCAAGUGAUUUCCUAAACCCUAAACCCCAAUGUUCAAUUUCACCACCCAUCGCCAUCAAAGGACAGAAGGAAGAAGAGGUAGAGGUGAGAGGAAGGCACAAGAAGCUUUGAAGAACAAUUGAAGGCCGGCGACGGAGGCCACAGCCAUAGCUGACAACUAACCAGCUUUCACGGCGAAACCAAUGUUCAAAUCCCGCACCCAUCUCCACCGCAUUCGCCAUUGCUCUAAAUCAUGACAAGUUGCGUUGGUACUUGCGGGCAAACACUGCUUUUGUUGAACAAGCCUCAGAUACAGAGAACCCAUUUGCUUUGGGGUUCUGCUUGUAGCAGGGGUCAGCUUCCGGUUUCGGUUUCGACUCCAAAAGCUGCUUUGUCUUUGAGGUGCCAAGCUCAAGAGAAUCCCAGAGCUGUGGUUUCUGGCAAUGUAGAAGAAGUGCAGUCUGGCUUGGUUCAGAAGCCUGGCUUGGAGGUUUUUCAUUUGUACCGUGUUCCGUUUAUCCAAGACAGUGCGGCGGAUGAGCUUCUAAAGGAGGCUCAAGCUAAAGUCUCUGAUCAGAUAGUGGGCCUGCAGACAGAGCAGUGUUUCAAUGUUGGCCUUGCUUCACAGCUUUUAAGCACAAAACUUCCUGUCCUUAAAUGGCUUUUGGGAGAAACAUUCGAGCCGCAGAAUCUGGGAACUGAGAGCUUUCUUGACAAGAGGAACAAGGGGGAUUUCAGCACAGUUAUAGUAGAGGUUGGGCCCAGGUUAUCAUUUACCACAGCAUGGUCUGCUAAUGCUGUGUCUAUUUGCCAAGCUUGCGGUUUGACGGAAGUAAACCGUUUGGAACGGUCCAGGAGGUACUUGUUGUACACCAAUGGUGAAUUGCAAGACAAUCAAAUUAAUGAAUUUGCAUCCAUGGUACAUGAUAGGAUGACUGAAUGUGUUUAUACUCAGAAGCUAACAUCCUUUGAGACCAGUUUAGUUCCUGAGGAAAUUCGUUAUAUACCUGUCAUGGAGAGAGGACGAAAGGCAUUAGAAGAGAUUAAUCUGGAGAUGGGUUUCGCCUUUGAUGAACAGGAUUUGGAAUAUUACACCAAGCUUUUCACACAAGACUUCAAGCGUAAUCCAACAAAUGUUGAAUUGUUUGAUAUUGCGCAGUCAAACAGUGAGCAUAGCAGACACUGGUUUUUUACUGGAAAGAUUGUGAUUGAUGGACAGGAAAUGGAUAAGACUCUGAUGCAGAUUGUCAAAAGUACUUUAAAGGCAAAUCCAAAUAACUCUGUCAUUGGAUUUAAGGAUAACUCAAGUGCAAUUAGGGGUUUCAGAACUAAACUGCUGCGACCAGUUCAGCCUGGUAGCACAUGUCCGUUAGAUGUGAUAGCAAGGGAGUUAGAUAUCUUAUUCACAGCUGAAACUCAUAACUUUCCAUGUGCUGUGGCACCAUAUCCUGGUGCGGAGACAGGUGCAGGAGGUCGCAUUAGGGAUACUCAUGCAACAGGGAGGGGGUCCUUUGUCCAGGCAGCCACUGCUGGUUAUUGUGUUGGUAAUCUCAACACGCCAGGGUUUUACGCCCCUUGGGAAGAUCUAUCAUUUACUUAUCCGUCAAAUUUGGCAUCUCCUUUGCAGAUUCUUAUAGAUGCCAGUAAUGGUGCAUCUGACUAUGGGAACAAAUUUGGAGAGCCCUUGAUUCAGGGCUACUGCAGAACUUUUGGAAUGAGACUUCCUAGUGGGGAGAGGCGCGAAUGGUUGAAGCCGAUUAUGUUUAGUGCGGGCAUUGGGCAGAUUGACCACCAUCAUGUAUCAAAGGGGGAGCCUGACAUUGGAAUGCUGGUUGUUAAAAUUGGAGGCCCUGCUUAUCGUAUUGGGAUGGGAGGCGGAGCAGCCUCUAGCAUGGUCAGUGGGCAGAAUGAUGCUGAGCUUGAUUUCAAUGCUGUACAACGUGGGGAUGCUGAGAUGGCACAAAAGUUGUAUCGUCUUGUUCGUGCCUGUAUUGAGAUGGGGGAUAAAAAUCCAAUUAUCAGCAUUCAUGAUCAGGGUGCUGGUGGAAACUGUAAUGUUGUAAAGGAAAUUAUAUAUCCAAAAGGUGCUGAAAUAGAUGUCCAAAAAAUUAUGGUUGGUGAUCAUACGAUGUCUGUUUUAGAAAUUUGGGGUGCAGAGUAUCAGGAGCAAGAUGCAAUACUGGUGAAGCCAGAAAGUCAUGAGCUCUUAAAGUCAAUCUGUAAUAGGGAAAAGGUUUCAAUGGCUGUGAUUGGAACUAUCAGUGGUGAUGGGCGUGUGGUGUUAGUUGAUAGCUUAGGAACUCAAAAGAGUCUCUCAAAUGGGCUCCCUCCACCUCCCCCGGCUGUGGAUUUUGAAUUGGAGAAGGUCCUUGGUGACAUGCCUCAGAAAUCUUUCGAAUUUAAUCGGGUUGUUUAUGCACAGGAGCCCCUUGAUAUUGCGCCUGGGAUCACAGUAAUAGAUUCUCUCAAGCGGGUUUUGAGUUUACCAUCCGUCUGCUCAAAACGCUUCUUAACAACAAAAGUUGAUAGGUGUGUCACUGGUCUAGUGGCUCAGCAGCAGACUGUUGGCCCUUUGCAGAUUCCCCUUGCUGAUGUUGCUGUUACGGCUCAGACUUUUACAGAUUUGACAGGAGGUGCAUGCGCCAUUGGGGAGCAACCAAUCAAAGGUCUGUUAGACCCCAAAGCAAUGGCCCGGUUGGCUGUUGGAGAAGCCCUCACAAACCUUGUAUGGGCAAAGGUAACUUCCCUUUCUGAUGUCAAGGCUAGUGGUAAUUGGAUGUAUGCUGCCAAGCUUGAUGGGGAAGGAGCUGCCAUGUAUGAUGCUGCCAUAUCUUUGUCUGAAGCAAUGAUUGAACUUGGUAUUGCUAUCGAUGGAGGGAAAGACAGUCUUUCUAUGGCAGCCCACGCUGGAAGUGAAGUUGUCAAGGCGCCUGGAAAUCUUGUUAUCAGUGUUUAUGUUACUUGUCCUGAUAUAACUAAAACAGUGACACCAGAUUUAAAACUUGGUGAUGAUGGUAUCUUGCUUCAUAUUGACUUGUCAAAGGGGAAGCGGCGUUUAGGUGGAUCUGCUCUUGCCCAGGCAUUUGACCAAGUUGGGGAUGAGUGUCCUGAUGUUGAUGAUAUUCCUUACCUUAAAAAGGUCUUUGAAGGUGUUCAAGAGCUUCUUACCGAUGAUCUGAUCUCUGCUGGUCAUGACAUUAGUGAUGGUGGGCUUCUUGUUUGUGCCUUAGAGAUGGCAUUUGCUGGUAAUCGUGGACUUGUUUUGGACUUGGCUUCACGAGGUAGCAGUCUUCUUCAAACACUCUAUGCAGAAGAACUUGGGUUAGUUCUUGAGAUAAGCAAGAAAAAUUUGGCUUCUGUUAUGGAUAAACUGAACAGUGUGGGAGUUGUGGCUGAGAUCAUAGGUCAAGUAACUGUCACUCCAUCAAUUGAAGUUAAGGUUGAUGGGGAGACUUGUUUAACAGAAAAAACUAACAUCCUCAGGGACAUGUGGGAAGAAACCAGUUUUCAGUUGGAGAAGUUCCAAAGAUUAGCAUCAUGCGUGGAUAUGGAGAGAGAAGGUCUAAAACAUCGUCAUGAGCCCUCAUGGGAACUUUCUUUUACUCCUUCAUUCACUGAUGAAAAGUAUUUAUCUGCAACUGUAAAACCUAAAGUGGCUGUGAUUAGAGAAGAAGGGAGCAAUGGAGACAGAGAAAUGGCUGCAGCUUUUCACGCAUCAGGUUUUGAACCAUGGGAUGUUACUAUGACCGACCUUCUUAAUGGAGUGAUUUCUUUGCAAGAGUUUCGCGGAAUUGUAUUUGUUGGUGGAUUUAGCUAUGCUGAUGUGCUUGAUUCUGCAAAAGGUUGGUCUGCUUCCAUAAGGUUCAAUGAGCCCCUUUUGAAACAAUUUCAGGAGUUUUACAACCGUCCAGAAACUUUCAGUCUUGGUGUAUGCAAUGGUUGUCAGCUUAUGGCUUUGUUAGGAUGGGUACCAGGGCCACAAGUUGGAGGCGUGCUUGGUGAUGGCGGUGACCUAUCACAGCCUAGGUUCAUUCACAACGAGUCGGGGCGAUUUGAAUGCCGCUUUACAAGUGUGACAAUAAAGGACUCACCAGCUAUAAUGUUCAAAGGUAUGGAGGGUAGCACAUUGGGGAUAUGGACCGCUCAUGGGGAGGGAAGAGCUUAUUUCCCAGAUGAAGGUGUGUUCGAACGUGUGGCUCAUUCAGAUUUAGCUCCUCUAAGAUAUUGUGAUGAUGCUGGCAAUCCGACCGAGACGUACCCUUUCAAUGUGAACGGCUCUCCUUUAGGCAUUGCAGCUAUUUGUUCUCCGGAUGGGAGGCAUCUUGCCAUGAUGCCUCAUCCAGAGCGUUGCUUCUUAAUGUGGCAGUUCCCAUGGUAUCCAAAGCAGUGGGAUGUGGAAAAGAAGGGGCCGAGUCCUUGGCUGCGGAUGUUCCAGAAUGCAAGAGAGUGGUGUACUUGAGAUGAUCAAUUAUUUUUUGUUUUCUUUUUUUCUUCUUCUAAAGCUUUGUUCCUUGCAUUGGUUGAGGAUUGAUCCAUUUACCCACUUGAAUAAUCUAUGGUCAGGCUGCUCAACAAUGAUUAAGCAAGUUUGAGGUCACAAGUUUAAAGGUUUUCUAUUUUCUACCUUGGUGUAACUUUUUCUUUUUGCUUUAUGUAGAACUCAUAUGUCAGAUAUUCAGUUUUCAAUUCUCUAAGCAUUAACGCAGAAUUGAAAGCUCUUGCAGUUUAAUAACAACUUGGAAACCAAGUAGCUAUUAUAUAAUUCAAA